UGACUCAACGUCUCGCGUUGAGUUUAUUUCUCCAGGGGUCGCCGUUUUUCAUUUUCAAUAGAUUGGGAACAGGAGCCAAGAUUUCAGAUUCCGGCGAAAGAGAAGAGAGAGAGAGAGGAUGUCGCCGGAAGCAAUGAUACAAGUAGCCCUCUUCAUCCUAACAGCAGCGACGUUGUUGGCCGUACGUGAACUUUCCAAACGAGCUUUCGGGAAGGUCCGCCCUAAGAAUCGCGCGAUUCUCCAGUCGAGCCGCCACUUCUUCGAGGGAACACAUCUUCUGGCUCGGGCACGGUCAACCUCUCAACAAUCACAAUCCUUCGACUACGCGAAGAAAGCACUAACCGAAGCCGAAACGGCGCUCUCCCUUUCCCCCAAAGAUCCGGCAUCUCACAUCUUGAAAGCCCUAGCCCUAGAUCACAUGGGCCAUCAGAGCUCCGCGCUUAAAUCACUCGACGUCGCACUCUCUCCGCCGUGCUUGAAGUCUCUAUCUGGCAGAGAACUCGGGAAGGCGUUGAUUAAGCGAGCCGAGUUGAAGAUCGCCGUGAAUCGGAAACGGCGACUCGACUCGGCGGUGGAAGACUUGUUGGAGGCGGUGAGACUGGGCGUACAAGACCCGAAAGGCUUCUGUCUUUUGGGGCAAUGUUACGAGUGGAAGCAAAUGAAAGACGAGGCCAAGCAGGCUUUCGAAAAGGCCCUAACUGUGGAUCCUGAAUCCAGCCCGGCCCGUGAGGGAUUGGAGCGGUUGAACUGAGGCCCAGAUGAAGUUUGGAUCUCUGCCAAAUGGGCUUGGUUACUAUAUGUCAAACAUGGGCCUCGACGGCCCACGUAUGUGAAUCAGCUGCAGUCUUCGUGGGUCUGUAACCCGUGUAAUAAGAAAGCUGAAUGUUUCAUUUUUGUUUUCAAUCAAUAUGGAACUUCAUUAGAAUAUCUAUUUAUUUUAAUCA